AUGAACAGAGGUGGUGGAGGCGGUGGGCGCAAAGUCCUUCUUCCCCCAAUCAAUUUCAUAUUCAAGCUCCUGCAACAGCACUCGACGGUACAAAUCUGGCUUUACGAGCAGCUGGCGAUUCGAAUCGAAGGCAGAAUUAGGGGUUUCGACGAGUUCAUGAACCUGGUUAUCGACGAUGCGGUGGAGGUAAAGCAAGCUACAAAGACGUCCGAGGAGAGCAGGAGAUCAUUAGGACAAAUUUUACUGAAGGGCGAUAAUGUAUCAUUGAUUCAAAGUUUACAAGGAUGA